UAGAGAUAGAGAGAGAGAGAGAGAGAGAGAGAGAUGGAAGCCACCAACCUCCAUUUUCUUGCCAUUUUCCUUCUCUUGGUCGCCAACAUGAGUGCAAUCACGUCUGCUGCUGCUUCUUCUUCUUCUUCCUCCUCCUCGAGGAAUGGCAAAGAUUCCAACUUCAUUAAGACCUCAUGCAGCACCACCACGUACCCUAAGCUCUGCAACAAGUACCUCUCCUCCUACGCCUCCGUCGUCCGCUCCAACCCCUGGAAGCUCUGCAACUGCGCCCUCUCCGUCUCCCUCCAGGCCGCGCGCAACACCUCCUCCCUGGUCACCACCCUCUCCAAGAAGCGCAGCCUCACCAAGGCCGAGGCCAGCAUCGUGAAGGACUGCAUCGAGAACCUCGGCGACACCAUCGAUGAGCUCAAGCAGUCGAUCAAGACAAUGGCCAACGUGUCUUCAGCCGCGAAGGACGAUGUGGCCUUCCAGAUGGCUAACGUGAAGACAUGGGUGAGCGCCGCAAUCACGGACGAGAUCACGUGCACGGACGGGAUUGCCGAGAGGAAGGUGAGCGCGGGCGUGAAGAGAAAGAUUCAGAGCUACAUUGAAAACGUUGCCAGGAUCACUAGCAAUGGGCUGUCCCUCAUCAACAGCCUCAAAUAUUAAUAUUAAUCGAUGGUCUUUGCUAUUACAAAGUUCUUGUUGCUACCUCUCUUUGCUGCAAUUAUUUUCUAUCUCAUUGUCCUUGUUAACAAAGGACAGCUCCCUUUUUUUUUCCCUUUCAUUUCGCAGGAGAUUGUUAAUAAUCAU